GAGGGUCAGGGAUCCCUGGAUUAGGCAAAUCUGAAAAGUGGGGGGAGCACAGAAGUCUGCCAGAGGAGGCUAAGAGGCAGUGAAGACACCUAUUUUGUACAAGAUUUCAACAGCAGCAGCAAGAUGGGGAAUUGGAGCUUCAAGGCUCGAUUCAGAAGAGAUGCUCGGGUUGUCAUACUAGGAUUGGAUUUUGCCGGCAAGUCCACCCUCUUGUACGAACUGAAGAGUGGCGAGGUUAUGCAAACUUCCCCAACAGUGGGCUUUGAUGUGGAAUCUCUGGAAACUCCCUGUCAUAUAUCUUUGACUCUCUGGGAUGUUUGUGGUCAAGACAAGCUCUGUGCCAGCUGGAAGAACUACCUGGAAGGCACAGAUGCCCUCAUCUUUGUGUUGGACAGUAGUGACAGAACUCGGCUGCCGGAUGCAGUGGUUGAGCUGGAGAAAGUUCUGAAUAACACAGACCUGAUCAGAGUUCCAGUCUUGCUUCUGGCCAACAAACAGGAGCUGCCAGGGGCACUCUCCCUUCCAGAGCUGCAAGAAAACCUAAAUCCUGAAUGCUUCAAUAACCGCAACUGGGAGAUAAGAGGGUGCAGUGCUUAUACUGGUGAGGGGCUCACAGAGGCCUUAAUUGUCCUGGCUGGACUCCUGAAGAGAAGUCAAGAAGAGAAUUCCCAUGCGUGUGUUUGUGUACCACGAAGAUGGUCAGGUUAUCUUCCAUCUUGGAUGUUUCCGGAGGGAAAAAAUCUUGGAACACAAAAACUGGAAGAUUUGGUUACUAAUUUCCACUAG